UGACUCUGAAGAAGCAUUUGAGACCCCGGAGUCCACUACACCGGUAAAGGCACCACCUUCACCUCCGCAGCCACCCCCCGAAGCGGCGGCAGCAGCAGCAGCAGCAGUUGUAGCAGAUAUAGCAGAACAAGAAAUAAAACCCCAGCUGCCCUUGGAAGACACAGGAUUAUGUUCAGAAACUGUACCCGUAACUGAUGUGUCACACAGUGAAUCAGUUGAAGAAAGCCCUUUCCGUCCCCCUUCCCAUUCUUUUUCCACCGUCUUUGAUGAGGACAAGCCAAUAGCCAGCAGUGGAACUUACAACUUGGACUUUGAUAACAUUGAGUUGGUUGAUUCUCUCCAUGCCUUAGGACCAAGCUCUCCAGAAUCGAAGAAUCGUGAUCCCAAAGCGAAUGUUCGAAGAAAAUCUACCGAUUCAGUCCCAGUUUCCAAAUCUACAUUGUCUCGCUCUCUUAGCUUGCAAGCAAGUGAUUUUGAUGGAGCAUCUUAUCUUGGCAAUAGUGAGACAUUAGCACCGGCAGCAGAUGUGUACAGUACUGGUUCAAGUAGUGCUUCUAGUACCCUUAAGAGAACAAAGAAAUCCAGACCAGCUUCCUUAAAAAAGAAGCAGUCAGCCAAAAAAUCUCUGGAUGCUCCACCGGUGAAGGAAACACCACAAGAACCGUCUGACCUUGGCCAAGCAGCUUGUGCCCCAGGUGAGGAUAAACCAGUAUCAGAAGCAAAGGCUGAUUCAGUAAAGCCUGAAUGUACUGAACCUUCUAAAAUCUCUGCUGAGAAACAGGAGGCCCCGCCUGUGCCUGAAGGAUCCUACCCUUUGGAUCCAGACAGUUUUGAAGGGAUUAGUGCAUUUAGCACUGAAGGCAGCAAGGUACAAAACUCUCCCCCUGCCAAUAAGAAAACACUACCUCUUACAACGGCACCAGAGGCUGUGGAGGUGACUCCGCCUGACACUGGGGGUCAAGAAGACCCUCCGGUCAAAGGCAUUGCGGUGAGGCUGGAGUUUGAUUAUUCCGAAGAAAAGGGGGUGAGUGAAGACCAGCAGGAGAGUACUUCUCCUCCCAAAAAAGCAGGUAAAAAGCCUGGUGCUAAAAUGCCACUACGGAGGCCAAAGACUAAAAAGUCCGUGGAAAAGCUUGACAAUGCUCCAACCACACCGACCAAGUCACCCACUGAUCCAAACGAAAUCCCUAUCACAAAAGGCUCUUACACUUUUGAUAUUGACAAGUGGGAUGAUCCCAAUUUUAACCCGUUCUCAUCUAGUACAAAAAUGCAAGAAUCGCCGAAACUGCCUCAACAAACGUACAGUUUUGAGCCAGACAUGUGUGAGGACUCUAUUGACCCUUUCAAGACUUCUUCUAAGAUAGCCAGCUCACCCUCUAAAUCUCCAGCUUCCUUUGAGAUACCAGCCACUGCCAAUGAAACAAAUGGAACUGAAGGAGACAACUUGAAUAAACCUGCAAAAAAGAAGAAGACGCCACUAAAAACUGAUACAUUUAGGGUGAAAAAAUCACCAAAAAGAUCCCCACUAUCUGAUCCUCCUUCUCAGGAUCCCACUCCACUGCCUACUCCAGAAACACCUCCCGUCAUAUCCACGGUGGUUCAUGCGACAGAUGAGGAGAAACUGGCAUCUUCGGUGACCAGUCAGAAAUGGACCUGCAUGACUGUGGACCUGAACACGGAUAAACAGGAUUACCCGCAACCAUCUGAUCUGUCUACAUUUGUAAAUGAGACUAAAUUCAGCUCUCCUACAGAGGAAUUGGAAUAUGGCAACUCAUAUGAAAUAGAAUAUAUGGAGAAAAUAGGCUCCUCUGUGCCUCAGGAUGAUAGCACCCCGAAGAAACAAUCUUUAUACCUAAUGUUUGAUGCACAGCAUGAGAGCCCAGUCAAAUCACCUCCCAUGAGACUCUCUGAUUCCACAACACCAUGCUCAGGGUCAAGUUUUGAAGACCCUGAAACCCAGCAAUCCUCUGGAAUGAAAAUACAACAUCCGGCUGCCCGAGUCCUAGCUGCCAGCCAAGAGGCACACUUACAGUCACCUGACAAAUCAAAGCAGAAAGACCUAGAGCCCAUGACCCUAGGAACAACUCCAGAGGCUAUUGAAAUAAGAGAACCUGCUAUCCCAGCAGAUGUUUCCAUCUCUAAAAGUGCACUGUACUCCCGGAUCGGCACCUCGGAUGCAGAAAGCACCACGGGUCUUCUCUACCCCCAGCAAGACUUAGACUCUGCACUACGACUCGCCAGAGCAGAGAUUGUGGCCAAGGAAAGAGAAGUAUCUGAGUGGAAAGAGAAAUAUGAAGAAAGCAGAAGGGAAGUGAUGGAAAUGAGGAAAAUAGUUUCAGAAUAUGAGAAGACGAUUGCUCAGAUGAUAGAGGAUGAACAGAGAGAGAAAUCUGUCUCCCAUCACACUGUUCAGCAGCUGAUAGUGGAGAAGGAACAAGCUUUGGCAGAUCUGAACUCAGUGGAGAAAUCGCUGGCAGAUCUUUUCAGGAGAUAUGAAAAAAUGAAAGAAGUAUUGGAGGGGUUUCGGAAGAAUGAAGAAGUGUUAAAGAAAUGUGCACAGGAAUAUUUAUCACGAGUGAAGAAAGAAGAGCAGAGGUAUCAAGCACUCAAAAUUCACGCUGAGGAAAAACUGGACAGAGCCAAUGCUGAAAUUGCACAAGUGAGAGGCAAGGCUCAGCAAGAGCAAGCAGCGUAUCAGGCCAGCCUUCGUAAAGAGCAGCUGAAAGUGGACGCAUUGGAAAGAACACUGGAACAAAAGAAUAAAGAGAUAGAAGAAUUAACAAAGAUUUGUGAUGAACUGAUUGCCAAAAUGGGGAAAAGCUAACUUUUAACCAAAUUUCUGGACUUCGAUAUUGAGUGCAAUAUGACCAUUGGCACACUGAUGUCCAUACAUUUAUGUGGACAGGUUAUAUUUUCACUUUUUCGUAUGCACUACUGUAUUUUCUUUCUAAAUAAAGUUGAUUUAAUUGUAUGCAGUACUAAGAUGACUAUCAGAAUUUCUUGCUAUUGUUUGCAUUUUCAUAGUAUAAUUCAUAGCAAGUUGAUCUCAAAGUUCCUGUAUCAGGGAGAUUGUCAAAUUCUCUAAGAAAUUACAAAUUGCUGAUCCUAGCCUUCCCUUUGUACAUGAGUUCCCAUGUUGGAUGUCUUUUGGAUUUAAUAUAAACAUGUAUUACUUGCAUGGGGACUCUUGCCUUAAGGAGUGUAAACUUUAUCUGCAUUUGCUGAUUUGUAAAAUAAAAUGAAAAAUGAAAAAAAAUGAAAAUGCAUGUCACUUAAAUGAAAUCCUCUAUUGUAAAUAAAUUUUUUCGUUGAAAGUUGA